AUGGAUGAAUUACAUGUCAAGCUGGACUUCCUGGGUCAGCUACCUGCCCUCAGGCUUUACACACAGAUUUGCCUCUGCUUUCCUUUCGAUGUCUCAUCUCAGUCCGAGGUAGUCCAGACUCUACAGAAAGGCCUCGAAACACUGUCCAUUAAUUUCCCGUGGGUAGCAGGUCAGGUAGUCAGUGAAGGCAGCGGCCAUGACAAUUCUGGUGCGUUCAAAAUCAAAGCACUUGGGAAUACUCCACCAUUGGUCGUGAAAGACUUUCGUGAUGAUCCCAACGUACCCACCAUGGACGACUUGAGACACGCCAAUUUCCCCUUUCGGAUGUUAGACGAGAACAUCAUUGCUCCUCGAAAAACCUUGCCAAGCCCUGAGGAAGAUACUGUCUCACCGGCCUUUCUUGUCCAGGCUACUUUCAUUCAUGGCGGCCUAAUCCUCACUCUUGUUGGCCACCAUAACACAAUGGACAUGACUGGUCAGGGCCAGGUUAUCCACCUUCUUUCAAAAGCAUGCCGGGGAGACACAUAUACAGAAUUCGAGCUAGAGUCCGGGAAUAUAGUGGAUGGCGACCUCGUUCCCCUCCUGGAUGGCUCGUAUGAACCCGGGCCGGAACUCGACCGUCAAAUAAUUAGGCCGGGACCUCAGCAGCCAUCUGUACCUCCCCCAAAGUCCACCUGGUCAUAUUUUUCGUUCGACAAAACCUCGCUCGCUAGACUGAAAUUGCUUGCUGAGCAGUCGAAGGCCUCAGAAUUCAUAUCAACAGAUGAUGCACUAAGCGCCUUCGUUUGGCAAUCGGUGCUUCGUGCCCGCCUGAAGCGGCUAUCACCAUCUCAUAGCACAACAUUUGGUCGUGCUGUUGACGUACGGAGAUACUUUGGCAUUCCUCCGACAUACACUGGUCUCAUGCAAAACAUGGUAUACCACACCGAUACAGUACAAGGUCUACUCGAUAAACCUCUAGGCGCCAUUGCCUCACAACUCAGAACGGCAAUAGACCCACAGACAUCUUCUUUGCCGUCUCGCACCCGCGCGUUGGCAACAUACAUUAAGCGACUCGUGGACAAAUCGUCCAUCUCCUUUGGAGCGAGUUUUAAUCCGUCGACAGAUAUUAUGAUUAGCUCGUGGGCAAGUGUCAACUGCUAUGAUUUGGAUUUCGGAUUCGGUCUUGGAACGCCAGAGGCUGUGCGACGACCACAGUUCACUCCAUUUGAAGGUUUGAUUUAUUUCAUGCCCAAGAGGCCCGACGGUGAGAUUUCUGUUGCUCUCUCGUUGCGGGAAGAGGAUAUGGCGCGGUUAGCGGCGGAUGAAGAGUUUAGGAAGUUUGGCAAAUACGUCCCCUAG